AUGUUAGUUUUUAAAUUGUUUUAUGUAGUAUUUCUGUGUGUGUUUUACGGGACACUGGGUGAAGAGAAACUACAUUAGUUCAGUCUGUCAUGUUGUCAGAAUUUCCUUUCCAGAUUCUCUUUAUCUUUAGUAGUAUUCCUAACAAUCCCUAUGUCUGUAAGGUGUGUUAUAGUUUGCAAAGUGUUUUCACAUACAGUUUCUGAUUUCAUCCUCUCAACUUUAAGAAAUGAAUAUUAUUGUUCCCAUUUUACCAAGAGGAAAGCUGAGACUCCGAAUUGUGAUUUUAUGCCUAGCUUUUGGACUUUGAAGCCAAUGCAUUUCAUAGCUUGGGUUUUACAUGGAGAGUUUGCCUCUUCUUGACCUCCAGCUCGGGCCCUGAUUGUUCUGACCACCCGCUCUCUAUCUGAGGCUCUCUGAGAGGCUUUCUGCCUAACACGAGGGAACCCUUUGGCUCCACCUUCUCAGGUUCAGCUCCUGGAGCUAUGCCAAUCCCCUUCUGCUCGGCUUAGCCUCAGCGGAAAUAAUGGGUAUAUACAGGCCAUGGCUAAUGGGGAGACUGACUGGCAGCUUGUCUUCAGGGUCCUUUAUUCACUCACCACUGGGUCAUCUCUGCUUCAACUUGAGAAAGGGCAGGCAACGUAUACUUGUGUGGCGGGGAAAGGGGAACAGAAAAAAAGAAAAAUCCAGCAAAAGUAGGACUCAUCUGGGAUUUAAACCCGGGACCUCGUGCACCCUAAGUGAGAAUCAUAGCCCUAGACCAAAGAGCCACUGAGGGUUACUCUUUGCCAGCUGUGUCUUCUUUGCUACAUCAGUAGUAGCCGCAGUUUGUGGUUCCUAGAAGGGCCUCUCUCCUCCGUCCAGGCUGGCUCCCAGCCCAGGUCGGCUGCACUCCAGCAGGCCUUGCCCCUCGGCUCUCUCCACUGCUCCCUGGCCCACUGUGGAGCCACACGGUGAUUAGGCAAGGUCCCAUCUUCCCCGUGACCAUCCAGUUCUCCCUCAGGGCUGCCAAGCGGAGUUCGUGGGGUGCUGCUGGGGAAGGGCAGGGAGGGAGCCAGUCUCCAGCCAGCCCCCCUUCCGGGAACCCCAGGGCUGAGGGGGCCUGCCUGGCAUCUCCUGCACCCAUGAAGAAGCACUCUUCUUUCUUACCUCAUGAUCAGACCAACAGAAAAAAUCCUCCAAACUCAUCUGCCUCCUAGGUGGGGACUAAGAAGUCUGUCCCAGGUCACCCUUGACUAGGUGAUAUUUGCUAAAUUACUCAGUUUCUUCAUCUGUCAGGUGGGGAAGUCACACCUGCCCUGUCUGCCUUACAGGGUAAUUUGAGGAUCAGGUGAGAAAACGUAUGUGAAAGCACUCUGCAAACAGUAAAGUGCUGUACAAAGGAAAGGGGUUAUUAUGAUGGCAACAUGAGGGCAAGGAGAAAAUACAUGAGCGGAAAGCUGCCACUUAAUGCUUACCGUGGGCUGAGCAGUGUGAUCUGUGCUUUACAGAUCUUACUUAACCUCGUAACAGCCUUGCGAGAUAGCUGUCACCCCACUGUAAGAAAAAGAAACGUGCCCAAAUUCGACUUAUACGAAGCACAUUUAUCUGAAUCCAAAGCGUGUUUUAAAUGCGAUACACACUGCUAUCCAGACUUUCUAGAAAACCAGAGAUGGGAAUACAUCCUGUAAAUACCCACACUUCCUCCCUCACCCCAGCCUGCCCUGUUCAUCCCACCCAGGAAAGCUUCAGGGAAGAGCCUGCCGAUCGGCUAAGGGUGGCCUGGGUGGGGUUCUUCAGGCUGGGAUUCCCCAAAUGAGAGUGAGGGGAGAGGUCACACAUCAGAAACUGGGGCCUUGUAGGAGACCCAGUAGGCUCUGUCUGGCUCUCUCUUUUGUGCUGCCACUGUACCACAUCCAUCACACCUCCAGGACCCUUGUUUGACCCCCUAGAGGGGGGUUCCCUCUAGGAGGCUGGGAGCUUCUGGGGGGACAGAGAUCUGUCUUAUUGAUCUUUGGAUCCAGCCUCGUGUCUGGCACUUGGCAAUCCUGCUGACGAAACAAACAACUCCCAAGCAUUUCUGUGUACCUGGCCUUAGGUAAGCACUCUACCAGAUUAAUCUCAUUUCAUCCUCACAGCACAACUGCUGUUGUAGGCAUCUCUUAGCAAAUGUCUGUGGAAUAAAUGAAUGCGUGAAUGAGGGAAAGAAAGCAAGCCAGGAGUGUGCACCAAAAAACCACCAGGGGCAACAGAUAUUCAGGGGGAUCUUCAUUACUUGGCUUGAGGUAAAAGCCAUAAGCCUAAAGAAACCCUCCCACCAUCCAUGCAAAAGCAGGCUUCCUAAUAAACCCACGCGUCUGUUGGAUACGGGGAAGAAUGGCCCUCGCUUUAGAGAACAGAUUGGCUAACAUUCCUUUGUACCCAGGGGAUGAAGUUUUAUUAUCCCCAUCCAGAAUGUCUGGACCAGACGACUGGCUCCACUAACCAAUCAUGGCCAGAGAGAAAAGCAACAGCUCAUCUAUUCUCAAACCAAAGGGACUUUUUUGGGUAGCUGUUCCCCAGCUUUAAACUGGCUUAUAAAUAAAAGCCACUCAACGCGUCAUUCCAUUACCUCAGUACACAUUUCCUAAUUGUUUCUCUCGCUGGGUGUGCCAAGGAGUGAGGUGUCUCCAAGCAAGGGCGCCAGGGGGACUUUGCUGAGAAUGUUUCAGGGCUGAGACCGGGACUGGGUCCCAGCCAGUGCUUUUCUCUGGGGGUACUAUUGGAAUUUGAGGCAGGAUCAUUCUCAGUGUGGCCGGUAUAGAGCAGUGUCCUGCCCACUCAAUACCAGUAAUCCCCUUCUUUGCCAACAGCCAUAAAACACCCCCCUCCCACCCCACAUACCUCCAAAUGUCUCCAGGGUAACAGGGUGGGGGAGAGGAGUACCGCCCUGGUGGAAAUCCAUUGCCAUCUACCAUGCAUUGUUUUCCGGGCUAAAAUUACUGUGGCCUUGAUCUAGGCUGUAGGAGUUUAGGCCCUAAGUGGUUCAUUUGUCUCUGUAUUUCAAAGCCAGCAGAUGAAAUUCUCUAGGAAGAGUCAUGGCUCUACCUCGGGGCGGGGUGGGUGGGGGUGGUUUCUCCUCUUUCCUCCCAGGCAUGAGGAUGGCUUUCAUUCAGGCAAAUCCUUGGACGAUUCCUCAUUUCCACAAGAGCAUGUAGAACUUUCUCUCAUCUCACCACUUGCCUGGAGAGUCUGACUGGUCAGUAUUUAACAGACAACAUUGCCACAACACAUUUCAAGCUCAACACAUCAUUUCAACCUACGCAUCAAAAACACAGCAAAAAGUGAACACUGGUUGCUUCUGGAGAGGGGAACUGGGAGCCUGGGUGGGAAAGAGAUGUAUUUUUUACUGCAUAUUCUUUUGUACUUUUUGAAUUUUGAGCCCCAGGCAUAUACAAUCCACUUGAAACAGAAAUCCACUUGAUAAAAAACUAAGCAGGGAGAAGCAAUGAUUAGAGAGGUUAGGGAAUAAUGCCUUUCAAGCCUCUAGAGAGUUGAAAUGUCCUCUGGAUUAGAGUAGCCUGGCAGAGCUGGUAUUUGGCCCCCAGCCGAAUGGUUCUGGUUUAUGUCCAGUUCUGAAUCGUGCUUUGUGUGGAGCCCAUAUUGAGGGUAAUAGUCAGCAGGAGACCCGAUCCUGUGAAACUGGUUGCUGUGCUACUCAGGAAUGCUGUUGAGGACAUUAUUAUAUCACACCGGUGUCUCCUUUGUGAAACCCCAUUCUUGCCUGUCAUAAUCUGAAGAACAGUUGGUUUGUGUUGACUUUCUGGACAGUGAAUUACGUAAUUCACUGGGCAGGUCUUGGAUGAGCAGACAGGAUGACUGGCAGCUUGGGCACUGCUGAGCUAAGGGCAGGGGCAGGUGUGAACAUGGCAUGAGAGGGACAGUGAGCAAACUAACCUCGACCUGGCUGGGGGAGGUCUGAGUAGGAAAGGUUCCCUCUCUGGGUAGACUCACCAUGAAGAAACUGGCAGCCUGGGGUGCCUUAGACCUCUAGGCAUUGUCGAGCUGCCCCUGAACUGUUCCAUGAAGGCUGUUACUAAGGUGCUCCAGGGAACUCUCCAUUCCCUGCCCCUUCCUGCAGCCUGAGGCUGCUUCCCAGGCUGGCUGUGAGCCCAAGAUCCCUGGAGAGGGACACUUAGGGGGCACCGUCCACAAAGGGUCAGAUGGGGUGUAAACACCUACAGGGAUGUAGUAGUGCCUGAAGUCAAAGAAGAAGGGUGCCUUCCAUAGGUCCACUCAAAGGGAAAAAAAAGUGAUGGAGGGUCUUCUUUAAACAUGGGUCAGCAUCUCCCAGGCCCCAAUGAGCCCACUCCUAUUCAUUACAGCGCCUGACCGUUGCAUGUCCGGAUCCUUUGAGCCCACUCUUAUCCUCUGGAGAACAUACAAUCGGCUUUGGGGUCACAAAAGGUUUAGGUGGGGGCUUAGGGUCUUUAAUCCCAAACUUUGUCCUUAGGAAGCUUAGGAUCAGCACUGAUCUUUCAGGGAGCUCCAAAGUGGCUUUGGAGGAGAGGUUCUUUGGCAGGGUCGGGGAGAAGUGGUGGUGGGAGGAUGAUCUAUAAGGGGAAUCAGAGUGGGUGGUGGACAUCCCAUGAGCAAGAUGUCAGAGGAGGAGGAGUUUUUUCUGUUCAAGAACAUCUUGGUGGGGCCGUGGGAUGGGCCUCAGUACCGCCUCGCCCCUGUCUGGGCCUUCCACCUCCAGGCAGCCUUCACGGGCUUUGUCUUCGUUGUAGGGACGCCACUCGAUGCCACAGUGCUGGUGGCCACACUGCGCUACAGAAAGUUGCGGCAGCCACUCAACUACAUUCUGGUCAAUGUAUCCCUGGGGGGUUUCAUCUACUGCAUCUUCUCUGUCUUUGUCAUCUUCAUCACCAGCUGUCAUGGAUACUUUGUCUUCGGCUGCCAUGUUUGUGCUCUGGGGGCCUUCCUGGGCCGUACAGCAGGUCUGGUGACAGGCUGGUCACUGGCCUUCUUGGUCUUUGAGCGCUACAUCAUCAUCUGUAAGCCCUUCGGCAACUUCCGCUUCAGCUCCAAGCACGCACUGAUGGUGGUCCUGGCCACCUGGACCAUUGGUAUUGGUGUCUCCAUCCCACCCUUCUUUGGCUGGAGCCGGUUUGUCCCCGAGGGUCUUCAGUGUUCCUGCACCGUGGGCACCAAAUAUUACAGCGAGUACUAUACCUGGUUUCUCUUCAUUUUCUGCUACACUGUGCCUCUCUCCCUCAUCUGCUUCUCCUACUCUCAGCUGCUGGGGGUCUUCAGAGCUGUUGCAGCUCAGCAGCAGGAGGCAGCUACAACCCAGAAGGCUGGGCGGGAGGUGAGCCACAAGGUGGUGAUGAUGGUGGGAUCCUUCUGUCUCUGUUACACGCCCUACACUGCCCUGGCCAUGUAUAUAGUCAACAACCAUAACCACGGGGUGGACUUACGGUUUGUCACCAUUCCUGCCUUCUUCCCCAAGAGUGCUUGCGUCUACAAUCCCAUCAUCUACUGCUUCAUGAAUAAGCAGUUCCAAGCUUGCAUCAUGGAGAUGGUGUGUGGAAGGCCCAUGACAGAUGAGUCUGACAUGUCUAGCUCCCAGAAAAUGGAAGUUUCUACCGUCUCUUCUAGCCAAGUUGGCCCCAUACUGGCCUGUUUGCAGCAACAAGGAUUUUACAUUUAAGGAAAUUUCUACCUUGCCUGUCAAAAACCAAACUACUACAACACAGAAAACGGGAAGGGGAGUGAUAGCAAUUUGAGGUCAAUUUUCCAUUUUCCUACUAUUUCCUUCCUACCUACACAAAGCUACUGUUCCAGCUGGGUCUACUUCAGACCACCCCAAAGGCCAUUUCAACAAUCAUCAGUUUCUACUCUUUAAUUUUUUUUUAUUUUUUGUGGUACACGGGCCUCUCA